UGUGUAGCUGCAGUAUAACUUAGCUUGUUUUCAUCAUAGGACCUAAGGUGAUUGCUACAAUGGAAGGAAUCAAUAAUUUCAAGACACCAAACAAAUUAUCUGAAAAAAGGAAAUCUGUAUUAUGUUCUACUCCAUGUGUAAAUAUCCCUGCCUCUCCAUUUAUGCAGAAGCUUGGCUUUGGGACUGGGGUCAAUGUUUACCUAAUGAAAAGAUCUCCAAGAGGGUUGUCUCACUCUCCUUGGGCCGUGAAGAAGAUAAAUCCUUUAUGUAAUGAUGAUUAUCGAACUGUGUAUCAGAAGAGACUAACUGAUGAAGCUAAGAUUUUAAAAAACCUUAAUCAUCCAAACAUUAUAGGGUAUCGCGCUUUUACUGAGGCCAGUGAUGGCAGUCUGUGCCUGGCUAUGGAGUAUGGAGGGGAGAAGUCUCUGAAUGACCUAAUAGAAGAGCGGAACAAAGACAGUGGAAGUCCUUUCCCUGCAGCUGUAAUUCUCAGAGUUGCCCUGCACAUGGCAAGAGGGCUAAAGUAUCUGCAUCAAGAAAAGAAGCUGCUUCAUGGAGAUAUAAAAUCUUCAAAUGUUGUAAUUAAAGGUGAUUUCGAAACAAUUAAAAUCUGUGAUGUAGGAGUCUCUCUGCCGUUGGAUGAAAAUAUGACUGUGACUGAUCCUGAGGCCUGUUAUAUUGGUACUGAGCCAUGGAAACCCAAGGAAGCCUUGGAAGAAAAUGGCAUUAUUACUGACAAGGCAGAUAUAUUUGCUUUUGGCCUUACUCUGUGGGAAAUGAUGACUUUAUGUAUUCCACACAUCAAUCUUCCAGAAGAUGAUGAUGAUGAUGAAGAUGCAACCUUUGAUGAGAGUGACUUUGAUGAUGAUGCGUACUAUGCAGCCCUGGGGACCAGGCCAUCCAUCAACAUGGAGGAGCUGGAUGGAUCCUACCAGAAGGUCAUUGAACUCUUCUCUGUGUGUACAAAUGAGGACCCUGACAAUCGUCCUUCUGCCGCACACAUUGUUGAAGCUUUGGAACUAGAUGGCCAGUGACGCCACUUCUGGUCAUCUAAGCAUGGAGCAUAGUUUGUAUGUUAACUCAGAUGCAUUUAUUUAGUUACUAUGACCUGCAGUGGCUAGACUGGCUUAUUUUAGGACCACUACAUAGUU